UGCGUGAAUUUCACGAGAAAUGCUACGAAAACUUAUUUUUGUCCAUUCGGCAAGCGCAUGUUUCAUCAUUCGUGUCCCAUUUUUCACCGCUUACGGAUCUGUGAAGUUGCGCACCUUUCAUUCAUCGCCAUUUUUGCAUACUCAAUUGUUUUCAAGAAUGGAAAAAUCCGGAACCGAUGGAUUUUUUAUUAAUUAUUGCGAAGAACUGAGGCAAUCACUAGGGCCCAAACAAUGGAACGAAUUUGCCAAUUUGAAAAGCGAUGAGCAAAGAUUUGCAUUUGCCAAUUCUCUAAAGCCGAUUGUUACCGAACUUAAAUUGACACGUGAAUUCAGAGGCAAAAAUCUGGAUCAAUCGCUAGCUUUCAAAUCUUUGGGAAACAAAGCCUUCCAGAAGGAAAACUGGAAUGAGGCAUUGGUGUAUUAUAAUAUGUGUUACCUGGCCACACCCGAGGAAAAUGAGUCGGAGAAAGCUGUCGCCUUAGCCAAUCGAUCGGCAGCUCUGUAUCAUAUGGAAAAAUAUGAUCAAGCUCUGGGGGAUAUCGAGAGGGCAAUUAAACUCAAAUACCCGAAAGAGCUGAUGUAUAAGUUAACGGAACGAAAAGCUCGCUGUUAUCUGGCCAAAAAGGACCACGCAAGGGCAAUCGAAUAUUUCAAGAAAAGUCUCCCUGCUUUAGAUGACUGCAAACUUCCAUUGGAGCGGCGUCAGAAGCUCGAGCGUGAUGCGCAGAUUAUGAUAAAUCUUCUCACUAAAAAUAUCGAAACCGAGAAAAAGUUGACCAAGUCCAAGCGUUCCGCGCCUUCAGCGCCCAGUAAAUCGUCAAUUCCGGAUCACUAUGUGGAUAAAGGACUAUACUUUGACUACACCGAAGAGGAGGGACGAUUUGCAAAAACCAACACCGAUUUGACGCCGAACACCAUCAUAUUGCUGGAAAAACCCUACGUUUCUGCCCUGCUGCAGGAGUACAGCUUGAGCAAUUGCUGUCAUUGUUUCAAACGUGUCACCAUUCCUAUUGCUUGUGCUAAGUGCUCGGAUGUGUUGUUUUGUUCGGAAAACUGUGAACGACUUGCGAACACCUGCUAUCACAAAUACGAAUGCGGAUUCUUGUCGAUCCUGUGGAAAUCCGGCGCUUCGAUUACUUGUCACAUGGCCUUGCGUAUAAUAGCACAGAAAUCUGAAGAAUAUUUUAAGGAGAUCGGUCCUGAGUUAGCGAGUUUAACCAGCGAGAAGACUGACAAAUUACCGAACGAUGAUUACAGAAAAGUGUUUAAAUUUGUCACUCACGAAGAGAAGAGAUCUGCUGAAGAUCUAUUCCUGCGAACGUUGGUGGCCGCCCUUUUGAACUCCUGCCUUGCCAUGAGUGGCUUCUAUAAAACAAAGGAUUCUGAGAAUUUCAUCGGAGGACUUAUUCUACACAAUCUCCAGUUGUUGCAAUAUAACUCUCACGAGAUCUCGGAACUCCAGCGAGACACCGAGCAAGAUCAGGGCAAGUCAACGUUCAUUGGAGGUGGCCUGUAUCCCACCCUGGCCCUCUUCAAUCAUUCCUGUGAACCAGGAGUUACUCGGUUCUAUCGAGGCAAUGCGGUUUGCGUGCGCGCUGUCAAACGUAUUAAGGCUGGGUCAAUGAUAGCCGAAAACUACGGACCCAUGUUUACACAGGUACCAAGAGAAGAAAGACGCGCAACACUGGAAAAGCAGUACAAGUUCACGUGCAAUUGCAAGGCUUGUGUGCAAAAUUGGCCGCUUUUUACCGAUCUGGAUCCCAAUGUAUUGCGUUUUAAAUGUGACGGUGGAAAAGAUUGUUCCAACGUGUUGAAUAUUCCGGCGGAAAUCAAUGAAUUCAUGAUCCAGUGUCCAGAGUGUGGAGAACACACGAACAUCAUGAAAGGCUUGAAAUCGUUGCAGGAUACUGAAAUGUUAUUCAAAAUGGCCACAAAACUGCAUGCUAAUGGCGAAUAUGAGCCUGCACUUUAUAAAUAUGUAGAAAUGAUGAACAUAAUGGAAGAGGUCCUGGUGCCUCCUUAUAGAGAUUUUCAUUUGUGUCAACAAGGAUUGCGUGCUUGUAUGCUUGAGUUUGGAAACCGCAGUGUGAAAUCAACUAUCAUUAAACCGAAACCCGCGCCUGUAUUUUAAAGUUUUUGAGCAUACAUAUUUUUUUUAUAUUAAUUUCCAGUCCAGAAUAAAUCAUGUUUGACCUACUUCUACAUAAAAAAAAUAUACUGUAAAUCUUCAAUAAAGACAUGAAAGUAGUAAAUAAACUUGAUG